AUGGAAAGCGGGGGCGAUGCCGGAGCGGCAUCUCGGCGGGGAGGCGGCGGGUUCCCGGGCGCUACUGGGCCCGGCGCUCCCCCGGCUGCGGACGGCGGCGUGAACGUGGAUGGGCCCGGCGGGAGCGGAGCGGCCGCCGCUGCGGGGCCGGGAGCGCCCGCGCCGCCGCCCCGAGCGCCGUGCUCCAGGGACCCCAAAAUGGUCCAUCAGCGGUUCCUGCGGCGGAGCGUGGUGGACUCGGACCAGGAGGAGCCCGCGUUCGACCUUCCCGAGUCGGAGCAUCAGAGGAAAAUCAUCUUGCUCCCCAAAACCAGGAGGAUAAUCGCGGAGAGGGCGAAGGCAGGGCACGGGGCGGCGGAAAAGGUGUGCCUGGAGGCCGAGCCCCCGGGGCCGCUGCGGGCGGGGCCGGCACCUGGCGGUGCGGCGGGGCCCGAGGAGCAGAAGGAGGCCGGCAAGGAUGCGGAGAGGAAGGAGGCGUCGGACGCGGCCAGGGAGCAGGGCAAGACCAAGAAAGAGGAGCCCGAGGAGGAGGCUGACAUGAAAGCGGUUGCCACCUCGCUGGAUGGCAGGUUCCUCAAGUUUGAUAUUGAACUCGGGAGGGGAUCCUUCAAAACGGUCUAUAAGGGACUGGACACGGAGACGUGGGUGGAAGUCGCUUGGUGUGAACUUCAGGACAGAAAAUUAACAAAAGUAGAGAGACAGAGAUUUAAAGAAGAAGCAGAAAUGUUGAAAGGUCUACAGCACCCAAACAUUGUAAGGUUUUAUGACUUCUGGGAAUCCUGUGUAAAAGGAAAAAGGUGCAUCGUGCUGGUUACCGAACUGAUGACCUCUGGAACACUGAAGACGUAUCUGAAGAGAUUUAAAGUGAUGAAACCAAAAGUCCUGCGUAGUUGGUGCCGGCAAAUCCUGAAGGGUCUUCUUUUCUUGCACACGAGAACUCCACCAAUAAUUCACAGAGACUUAAAAUGUGACAAUAUUUUUAUUACUGGACCAACUGGAUCUGUGAAAAUAGGAGAUUUAGGUCUGGCAACCCUCAAGAGAGCUUCGUUUGCCAAAAGUGUAAUAGGUACACCAGAAUUUAUGGCCCCAGAAAUGUAUGAGGAACACUACGAUGAAUCCGUUGAUGUCUAUGCGUUUGGAAUGUGCAUGUUGGAAAUGGCUACCUCAGAAUACCCCUACUCAGAAUGCCAGAAUGCUGCUCAAAUUUACCGGAAAGUAACCUGUGGUAUAAAGCCAGCAAGCUUUGAGAAAGUUACAGAUCCUGAAAUUAAGGAGAUAAUUGGGGAGUGCAUUUGCAAAAAUAAGGAAGAAAGAUAUGAAAUUAAAGACUUAUUAAGCCAUGCCUUUUUUGCUGAAGAUACUGGGGUAAGGGUGGAACUUGCAGAAGAAGACCAUGGUAGGAAAUCCUCUAUUGCCUUAAGACUCUGGGUAGAAGAUCCUAAGAAACUGAAAGGAAAACCCAAAGAUAAUGGAGCCAUUGAGUUUACUUUUGAUCUGGAGAAGGAAACUCCUGAUGAUGUUGCACAAGAAAUGAUUGACUCUGGAUUUUUUCAUGAAAACGAUCUCAAGAUAGUUGCCAAGUCAAUACGUGACAGAGUAGCAUUGAUACUGUGGAGAAGAGAGAGAAUUUGGCCUAGAAUACAGUCGGAGGAACGCCGAGAUUCUGAGUGCUUGGAGAAGUCGAAGGCGCCGCCUCCACAGCAGGUUCAAGUCACAUACCUUUCCCACACGGGCCAUCACAUCCUGUCCGAGUCGGAGGAACCCGAGGCAGACCAGCAUCCCUUCCAGCAAAACCUGCCCACCAGCAUCACAUCCGUUGCAUCUGACAGCACAUUCGACAGUGGUCAGGGGUCCACUGUUUAUUCAGACUCGCAGAGCAGCCAGCAAAGCGUCAUCUACUCAUCUGUGCCCGACGCCGUGCCGCCCGCAAUCCAGCGGGUGUACAGCCCGCCUCUCAGCGAGGGCCAGGCGCUGCCCCACAGCCUCCCGCAGCUGGGGCACUACCAGCAGCCCUCAGCACCUGCCCUGCCCGUGGUUCAGGCUCCACCUGCGGUGGUGCCCCAGAGGCCCCAGCACUACCAGGAGCCAGCGAUGACGUUCCCAGUGGUGCAGCCGACCACCGUGGCCUCCAUGCAGCUGGGGCAGUCGCAGCCGGUGCUGGCCAGCCAGCAGCAACCCAUAUCACAGCAAACUUCUCUGCAGCAGGUGCUUGCCAGCCAGCCGGUUUGCCCCAUCCAGCCUGCCCCCCAUCUCCUGCCCCAGUACCAGCCCCAGACCUCUCAGGUGGCAGCCAGUAGUACACCACUGAAACCCCUUCAGAUUUCAACUGUGCCACAGCUUCCUCCAGUUGCCCCUUCCCAGAUGCCUCAGUUUCCUGUCAUUCCUGCAAUUACUCCUCUGGCAGGACUUGACAACCUUCCUCCAAACCUCUCUGAUAUACCUGCUGCAAACGUGCCCCCCAUACCUGCUCCUUCUCAGUAUUUCGCUCCAGCUGUGAUUUUGCCGAGCCUCCCCAUGAACCCCACUUUGCCCAUGGCACCAAACUCCCCCGCCCUCCCCAUGCAAGCAGUGAACCUUCCUCAUACAACUGUGGCUUCUCUGGUCUUGCCCUGCCAAACAAUAGUGCCAAAUAUGUCGGCUGCUACAAUACCAUUGCUUGCCGUGGCUCCGCCAGGAGUGCCAGCGCUGCCGCCGCACCACGCGGUGUCCCAGCUGCCCCAGCAGCAGAUGUACCCGACCACCUUCCAGCAGAUAAUCCAGAGCGAAGCACCCUCUCCCCAUCACACUCAGAGCACGCAAGCCGUUUCCCAGCCGCAGCAACCUCCACCUCCUCAGUCACUUCAGCCAGGCGUAAUUCAUCCAUCAGAACAGCCACUGUCUGCCCCUGGGGCCGGUAACCAGCAGGUUACUGGACAUACUCAGUAUGGUUUGGAAACUGGAGCCCAGGUGCCGGUACUCCCAGUGCAGCCUUCGCUAGUCAUGUCACCGCCUUUGCAGUUGCAACCUGAACUGUUGCCUCCCCGCGUCGCUCCAGAAAGCAUUUCACAGGUUCAUGGCAGCCUUGCUACAGCUAGUCCACCAGUGCCCAUAGAUCACUGUCUGCCUCUACAGCCUUCGGGUGUUCUGCAGCUUCAGCCAGACCUUUCCCAGCCCCUGGCUCAGCAGCUCCCCGCUCCUGGCUCAGCCGUGCAGGCGGUGGCAGAGACAUCGCAAGAGGAGCAGGCAAUACAGGACAAACUUCAAACUCUGUCACAGAGCUGUGAAAGCUACAUGAGUCCAGAUGUUGCUUCAGGUAAAGAGAUGAGUGACAGCUUCGAAGGAGCAAUAGGAAGUGGAAAACAAGAAGGAAAGUCUUCAAAGAAACAUAAGAAAUCUACACGUGCUCGUUCACGCCAGGAGAAAACCAACAGACCCAAACUGACUAUACUAAAUGUUUGUAACACAGGAGAUAAGAUGGUGGAGUGUCAGCUUGAAACACACAAUCACAAAAUGGUGACUUUUAAGUUUGAUUUGGAUGGUGAUGCACCCGAGGAAAUUGCUACUUACAUGGUAGAGAAUGAAUUCAUAUUGCAGAGUGAGAAAGAGACAUUUAUUGAACAAAUGAAAGAUAUUAUCGAUAAAGCAGAAGAUAUGCUCAGUGAAGAUACGGAAGGAGAACGGAGUUCUGAUCAGGGAACAAGUCCCCAGCAGGAUACUGAUGGAACAGAAAUGAAUGAGGAGAAGCGGCCAUCUCAAGUGAAGACUCCUGUGUAUCAACAAAAUGUUUUGCAUACUGGAAAAAGGUGGUUUAUUAUAUGCCCUGUGGUGGAAAACCCGACUACGGAUGCACCAGAAUUUUCUCCACCAGUUCCUCAGGGUGCACAACAGUCUGAAGGUCCAGACCUGGAGCAGUCGGAUGAUCAGCAAGCAAACUCUGCGGUGCCGGAUGCGCCUGGUGUCUUAGCUUGUCAGCAGCUUCCUCUACAAGCAAGCAUCUGUGACAGCCCCAUUGGGGCCUCUCCAUCUUUGGCACAAAUUCCUGCUGCAGCAUCUUCAGCUGGCUUGCCGAGCCAGGCAGAGCUCUCAGCUCCAGCGCCGCCAGGACCUGCUCCAAACAUCCUGGAGCAGGCAGCUGCUAACGGAGGCCAGCCGGAAUGUUCUCUACUGCAAGCAGCAUUACCUGCCCCACCUGGCACUCCAGCUCCUCCUCUGGAGGAGCCUGCUGAUGCUCCCCUGGCUGCCCAGCCUACUCAGCAGGCGCAGCAGCAGGCAGAUGAGGCCAUGUGUAUCCCUGACGUGGAGAUAGCGUGUUGCAGUGUUGGGCCGCCCAAAGCAGUCCCGCCAGCUCCUGCCAAGGCAGCAGAGCUCUGCCCGCUCCCUGUGCUCUCUGAUGCUGUUGUUUUGGAGCGGCAGCCUGCGGCCCAGAUCCCUCACCUGCCAGAGGCCGGCCAGCCCGGCGUGGUGCAGCACUCCUUUGUGAAUCAAGUGUUUCCUGCAUCUGUUGCAUCCGAGUCUCUCAAUCUGGCAGGAUCUCAACUUCAGAGCCCCACUCAGGUGUCCAUGGCCACAUCCCAGCAGCACGUGAUGCUGUCCCAGACACAGCCUGUCACCUGCGCCAGUGUGGGGAUCAGCCUGCUGCAGCAGCAGCAGCAGCCGUGCACUGUGGAGUCUGAUGGAGAGGGGCCACCCCGGGUGGAUUUCGUUGACAACACAAUAAAAAGCCUCGAUGAGAAAUUGCGCAACUUACUUUACCAGGAAUAUGUCCCGACUUCUUCUGCAUCAGCAGGAACUCCAGACGCUUUUGUGCCACUGGAACAGGCUGACAGUGAAUUUAACUUGCCACCAUUCACCGAAGAUCCCAAGUUGGUGUUGGAUUUGAGAGAACCAGGCCAUAACGCCACGGAUAGCUGCCAGGAGGUGAAAGCGGCUGAGGCCCAGUUUGUGCCGGCUGUGCCACCUGAGGUCGCACCUUACCCAGCAUUGCUUGAAAAAUCUGAGGCCGCAGGCGUUGGGACUGAGUCCUUGGAAGCAAGAGGUGGGUCAGCAAGCCAAAGAGGGUCAGCUGCGAGCAUCACUCCAGCUCCUGUGACUCCAGCAAAGGGCCUCCUCCAGGUUGCACCUACAUCAUUGAGCAGAGCUAAACAGAUGGAAACUUCUAAAACGAACGAGAAGGCAAAGGCUACAACUUCAUCUACGCACACAGAUAAUGUAAUGCAGCUAUCGACAGCAGAUGGGGUGAUAAAUAACCUUCAAAGGGAUGACUCUCUAGACUCCGGUUCCUAUGGAAAACAGGCUGGAACUCAUGAUAGUGGUACACCAGCCAAAACUAUUGGCAGGUUUUCAGUAAGCAGCACGCAAGAUGAAUUAACUUUAGCAGCGCCGCACUGCUUAAGGUUCUCUGCGCCCCCGGACGUCUAUUUGGAUGAGCUCCCUUCCAGCCCCGACCAGAAGACAGCUGUCCGACGGGUGCAGACAGCCUCAUCUGUUGAUGUCCUUUGUGACCAGGGCUCGAGUGAUUCUGCUGAGGAACCCUUCCAUCGACAGGCUGCUGCGGCUCAGCCGUCCCCUCCGAGCAGCAGCGCAGCCUCUGACUUAAUUAAAAAAGCAGCAGCUUUUCUGCAAAGGACUGGAAAAGUGGGCUCCCAAGGCCCUGAUUCACCGAACGGGCAGGGAACAAAGAUUCCUACCAUCAACAUAACGUCCUUCCACUCGCAGUCAUCGUACAUGAGCAGUGACAAUGACUCUGAAUUUGAAGAUGCAGACAUGAAGAAAGAACUGCAGAACUUGAGAGAAAAGCAUAUGAAAGAAAUCGCCGAACUCCAGACUCAGCAGAAGAACGAGAUAGAGGCUCUGUACAUUCGGUUAGGGAAGCCCCUCCCUCCCAACAUGGGGUUCCUGCACUCAGCCCCACCAAGCGGCCGUCGACGAAGAACCAGCAAAAAUAAAUUGAAAGGUGGAAAACUAUUAAACCCUCUGGUUCAACAGCUCAGGAGCGGAACAUCAAGCACAAGUAAUGUUUCAGACUCUAAAGACUCACCUCACAAAGAAACAACUAAAGCUCAGCCUGGAUCUCUCGAAACCACAGGAGUAACUUCCUCUGUGUCAGCCACAUUUGGGAAGUCUGUUCAGACACAGCAGCCGUGCUCUGUCAAAGCCUCUUUGUCUUCUGACAUCUGCUCCGGCUUAGGCCCCGAAGGAGGUGAUGUGAACGCAAGCUCUGGCCAAGGCUGGACGGUUUUCCACCAAACGUCUGAGAGAGUGACCUAUAAAUCUAGUAGCAAACCUCGUACCAGAUUCCUCAGUGGACCUGUGUCUUUGUCCAUCUGGUCCACCUUGAAACGACUAUGUCUAGGCAAAGAUCACAGUAGUAGAUCCUCUACAAACAGUCUUGUAACGUGUCCCGAGCCCCUUCCGCAAUCAACUCUGCAGGUUCAGGCCAACAACAGUAACAACAAGAAGGGAACCUUCACCGAUGAUCUUCACAAGCUGGUUGACCAGUGGACAAGCAAAACUGUUGGAGCUGCACAGGCAAAGCCUUCUUUAAACCAACUGAAGCAGAACCAAAAAAGGCAGGACAUGGAGCCAAAGGCAAAUCCCAUGCAAUCACAGAAUGAGACAUGUGGAAUUCUGAAAAUGCGAUCGCCAGCGACUGACACGUGGCCCCCGCAGCUCCGGUGCCAAGCGCCAGGUCCUGCUGCAGCUAAAGAGGAGGAAGAGGAAGAUGGGAAAUGAUUUGUCGUGUGUGAGAAAUUCUGUGCCGUUCUGGUCCAUUCUACACAAUUUUGUAACUUCUUUCUAAUCAUUUUCCUUUUUUAUUUAUAGUUGGAAAUACAAAAAUGUUAUGCAAAAAAAAAAAAGAAAAAAAAAAAUAAAGGAAAAUUAUUUUGGGGGAAAAGGACUUUGUUCCAAAUCGUUCCCUUCUGUUGUGAGCCAGGUUCCUGUGAGCAGUUUCUGGAGAAGAGGGAGGAGGAGGAGGAGGCAUUCUUUCAAAUGCUUUUUGUUUCAUGCAGUUAAUUGUAAUUUAAGAGAUUAUCCAAAAAAAUAAGCUAGGCACAUGUAUUCAGGUUCCACUAAAAAAAAAAAAGAUAAGUUCCAAGUCCAUUUGAAUUUCUCGCAGUCAGAGCUGUUCUUUUGUAAAGAGAAUACUUAAAAUCUGGUUAAAUCAAGUAAAGAAACCUGCAGAGACUUCACUGGAGAGUAACUUUGUACUUGUCGUUUCCUUUUUUUUUAGCUCUUUCUUUUUCUUUGAGACUGGCCGCAUUUUCUUGCCACAGUUAAAUACAGGUCUCAAGUCACUUCUAAUUUUAAAUGUAAGCCUGAAAUCCUUCUGCAGACGAGUCAGUAAUUGGAGCAAUUUUUAAAAGACUUUCAAGUGCCUUCAACAAGCAAAAAUUAUGGUGGUGGGAGAUUUCUUUUCCUUGAUUCACUCACAAUAGGCUUCAGCUGUCUGCCGGGCUGGGGCGAUGUACAGAGCCGUUUGUAGCAAUAAUCUCAUGAGUAAUCAUUUAUUACAAAGGACUACUCAACUUUUUUUUUUGUAGAGCAGUGGCUUUUAGUGCAGUCCCCGAGGAGCAGGAGUGCUGCUUUCGCUGUUGCAUUCUGGCCCCAAACUCUUCCAACCCACUGCCGUGCACUCAGAGUUGUGGCUUCCCCUCAGCAGGGUCAGAGCCCAUGUUCUGUUCACUCUGCUUCUGGUACUGGAGAAAUACGAAUUUCUAGUUGCCCACGAGCCUUUCCGUAUCAUCCCUUCUCGCAUCCGGAGCCUGGCAUAUUGUUUUGUUGUUAUCUGCCAUGUUUGUCUCU